AUGCGGAGCUGCCUGCUGCUGACACUGGUGGGGCGACCGGCGGCCAGCGCUUCGCCCGAGACGCGGCUGGAGCGCCGGGGCCGCGAGGACUGCGAGCGCCGCUUCCGCCGCACCGACUUCGCGGCCGAGGGCUUCAAGAGCCCGUGGCUGAGCAAGGAGAACAAGUCAGCCUUCAUCGAGUGCUUGUACCGGCUGCGCACCCGGUGGCGGCACCGGGAGAAGUCCGUCUUCGCCGGAGGGGUCCACUACCCCACGCUGGUCACGGCCCACCACACCUGGCCCCCGGUGUCCACCUCCGGGGCGAGGCUCUGCUGGCUGGACCAACUUGGCAUCCACCGCAACAGCAUCUCGGCCAAAGAAUGCUGCGACACCCGGCAGGGGCCAAAGGGUCGCCUCAGCUGCUGGGAUGACUACUUCACCUAUGAGCUGUGCUGCUUGGGAGACGUGAACUUGGCUGAGAUGCCGCACUUCUUUGUAGCGCCAGCCUUGGACAUCAACGUGGGCAGCGCGGUGCGGCAGCUGGGUACCUUCGACCUUGGCCAGUCCUAUGCUCUGCAGACCUUGUGUCGCCAAGGGGACCUGGUGGUGGACGUGGGUGCCAACCUGGGGGGCUUCACGGUGCCCCUGGCGCAGCGCGUGGGCGUGGAGGGCCAAGUCCAUGCCUUCGAGCCCUUCCGGAAGGUGUUUCAGCACUUGAAUGCCAACGUGGCUCUGAACGGCCUGUCCAACGUGUACACCUACAAUGUAGCGCUAGGGGCAGCGGAGGCCCAGGUAGCGGCCUACGUGCCGGACCUGACCAACUUCAACUUCCCCUCGGCCAUCCGUGUGGUGGACCAGUACCAACCCGACGAUGCGGUGAAGGAGGCCAACCUCCGCUACGAGGAGCGCCGGGAACAGCUGACAGUGCGUCCGCUGGACAGUUUCAGCUUCGAGCAGCGGGUGGCCUUGAUGAAGAUCGACGUGGAGUUUAUGGAACUCCAGGUGGUCCUGGGAGCUCAAGAGACCAUCCGUCGAGACCAGCCGCUGAUCUGGGUGGAGAACGAGGCCUACUUCGACGAGCCCGCGAACCUCACCUUCGUGGAGACCAUGCGCAACCAGCUUCAGUACGUGUGCUCGGCGGUUGCCAGGCUGGAGCUCCUUUGCGCGCCGGGCCGCAGAAGAGACGAGGGCCUGGUGCAGGACGAGUCCUUGAUCCCGCAGGGCUUCCAUCGGAUCUUCCGCCACCUGUCAGGAGAGUUCAAGGACAUGCACCUUUGGCGGGCCCUCUCUGAGGUAGAUCCGUCCUUUGCAGCAUCCGAAGCGUAG